UUUUUUACGCAUGCCCACUGUGAAGUUAGAUGAUGAGCAUGAAUCACGAGACUCAUAUUUCACUGUUGCAAUGUAUAAAAAUAACGCUAAAGUGUGUUAUUGCAUUAUUUUUUCUUCACAUUCCUUAGAGUUGUGUACACUCGUCUCAACAGAGCAGUUCAACAAAUGUUUAUAAUAUGUAUAUUUUGAUAUUUCCCAGAUUUCACAAUGUUUUACAAUUCUUUAUCCAAAAGUGUGUGUUACAGUUUUGUGUGGCAAUGAUUCGGAACCGAAAAAAAGGUAAAAACGAAUCAUGUAUAAACACAGUUUUACCUGCGUGAUAUCAUGCAUAACAACAGAGAACCGUACUCCAUCUUUACAUGUUUGUAUUAAUACAGUUGAAGUAUGGAAAUGCAAACUACACAUACACAUGUAUACAUGCAAACAUGUUGUCUCAUUCAUAUUUACUCUGAGUGUGGGCUGGCAGUAAUUAAAAAUGUAGCCUGAACUGUAGAGCAUUAGUAGUUCUUCUCCGAUUGGCUGAUUAUGCCCUUUUGAUUAGCCCAUUGUUGUUCUUGCAUAUGGGUGGAACAAUAUAAGGCUCCAAGCUUCUUCAACCGUGAAGUUCCAGUGGCCGGUGGUGUCAGAGCAGGGGUUGCUAGCUGCACACAUCCUUCAUUCUUAACCGGGCGUACUACCGGCUAAGUGAGGUUUAAGUGUGUGUAUGUGAUGUGUGUUGGCUGGCAUCCGAACCGCGGACAAUUUGCGUAGUUGGCGAGCAUUCAUUCUAUCACUGAAUCACCGACACUAUGAGCGAGCCUAUAUUUAUUUACGAGGUCUACAGGAAGUUACGGUGUUACUAUUAUAUACAAAAACUAUUCUCGUCACGACAAUUUACUGAGGAGGAUACAUCAACGACAACAACAGCAGCAGCAACAACAACAAUUCGAACAACUAUUCCACAGUCAACUAUUCUACUUGCUCUUGAGAAGAAGAAGAAUAAUAAUAAUAAGCUAGUUACAUUGGCACCCUCGUUAUCGUCAUCAUCAUCAUCCUCUGGGUGGAAGUGUAUUAAUUGGACAACCAAUUCUCAAUAA